GAGCGAGGCUCUUUCCCCGCUCUUUGCGAUGAAUCACCGGCAGCCCGCUUGGCUCUGCAUGAAACCCCGGUCGCCGUUCGCCCGAGGUUUCGCGUGUCUCUUCGCUGACGAACAGGAAGGCUGGCAUUUUGAUGUCAGCCUCUGGCGAGGCGGCAGCAGGAGAAGGCGAACGCGGCGGCAGCAGCCAUGUCUGGGAUCGCCGCUAAACUAGCCAAAGACCGGGAGGUCGCCAAAGGGCUGGGCUCCAACGCCAAGGCCGUGAAAUACCUAAAUCAGGACUUUCGGGUGCUGAGGGACGAGUGCUUGGAGGCGGGGAAGCUGUUCCAGGACCCCUCCUUCCCCGCGGCUGCCUCUUCCCUGGGCUACAAUGAACUGGGACCAAACUCGUACAAAACGAAAGGCAUCGUCUGGAAGAGACCGACGGAGUUGUGUUCCAACCCUCAGUUUAUUGUCGGAGGUGCCACUCGGACAGAUAUCUGCCAAGGAGCUUUAGGAGACUGUUGGCUCCUGGCGGCCAUCGCUUCUCUCACUUUGAAUGAAGAAGUUUUGGCUAGAGUUGUUCCCAGUGAUCAAAGCUUCCAGGACAGAUAUGCAGGCAUCUUCCACUUCCAGUUCUGGCAGUACGGAGAGUGGACGGAUGUUGUUGUUGAUGACCGGCUACCUACCAAAAAUGGAGAGCUCCUCUUCGUUCACUCAGCGGAGGGGAGUGAGUUCUGGAGCGCCCUGCUGGAGAAAGCCUAUGCCAAGGCGAAUGGUUCAUAUGAGGCACUCUCCGGAGGAAGCACCACUGAGGGCUUUGAGGAUUUCACCGGUGGAAUUGCAGAGUGGUACGAGCUGCAAAAAGCACCACCGAACCUGUUCAGAAUCAUCCAGAAAGCUCUUCAAAAAGGUUCUCUCCUUGGAUGUUCCAUUGAUAUCACAAGUGCUGCUGAGACAGAGGCAGUCACAACACAGAAGCUCGUGAAAGGGCAUGCGUACUCUGUAACGGGUGCAGAAGAGGUGAACUUCCGAGGCAGCAUGCAGAAAUUGAUCAGAAUUCGAAACCCCUGGGGGGAAGUCGAAUGGACCGGAAAGUGGAACGAUAACUGUCCAAACUGGAAUAAUGUUGAUCCUAAAGUAAAAGAGAGAUUAACCAGGAAACAUGAAGACGGAGAAUUUUGGAUGGCCUUUAAUGAAUUCCUGAGGCAUUACUCCCGCCUUGAGAUCUGUAACUUGACUCCAGACACACUGACUAGUGACAAGUACAAGAAGUGGAGUCUGAAUUUGAUGGAUGGGAACUGGAGAAGAGGAUCCACAGCUGGUGGAUGCAGAAAUUACCCCGAUACAUUUUGGAUGAACCCACAGUAUUUGAUUAAACUUGAAGAAGAGGAUGAAGAUCCUGACGAUCCCGAAAAAGGUUGCACCUUCCUGGUUGGCCUGAUUCAGAAGCACCGCCGGAAGCAACGGAAGAUGGGGGAGGAUAUGCAUACCAUUGGCUUUGCCAUCUAUGAGGCACGCUCACUUUCUUCUGGCCAAACCAAUGUCCACCUGAGCAAAAACUACUUCCUGACCAAUCGAGCAAAGGAACGCUCAAACACAUUCAUCAACCUCCGAGAGGUGUUAAAUCGAUUCAAGCUCCCCCCAGGAGAGUACAUUAUUGUGCCGUCCACUUUUGAACCCAACAAGAAUGGGGAUUUCUGCCUCCGAGUCUUCUCCGAAAAGAACGCAGAUUCACAGGUUGUUGAUGAUGAAAUUGAGGCCAACAUUGAAGAGAAAGAAGUCACUGAAGAUGAAAUUGAACCGGGUUUUAAGAAAAUGUUUGGGCAAUUGGCUGGAGAGGAUGCUGAGAUCUCCGCCUUUGAGCUGUGUAAUAUUCUGAGAAAAGUCAUGGCGAAACGCCAAGACAUUAAAUCAGAUGGCUUCAGCAUUGAAACAUGUAAAAUCAUGGUUGAUCUAUUAGAUUGUGACGGAAGUGGUAAACUGGGGCUGAAGGAGUUUCAUGUACUUUGGACGAAGAUUCAGAGGUAUCAGAAAAUUUACCGGGAAAUGGAUGUGGAUCGUUCUGGAACCAUGAACUCCUAUGAGAUGCGGAAAGCCUUAGAACAAGCAGGCUUUAAGCUGGAUUGCCAGUUGCACCAAGUCAUCGUGGCCCGUUUUGCUGAUGAGCAGCUGAUUAUUGAUUUUGACAAUUUCGUGAGGUGCUUGAUUCGACUGGAAACCUUGUUCAAGAUAUUUAAGAAACUGGAUACUGAGAAAACAGGAACAAUACAGAUGAAUCUUGUCACUUGGGUGUGCUUUACUAUCAUAUGAAGAACCAAUGGACCUCAGUUAAGGACUUCUCCUGGGAACAUGAGCAUCAGUUUAUGACCAAUAUGAAACAUGCAAAAAAAGAAGAAGUGCUAUUAUAUUUCAACACUAAUGUGUACCUUAUAUUUAUGAAUGAAGCUGCUGAAGGAGAGGAAGAAUAUUGAAAAGCAAAAUGAAAGCACAGUGGAAGUAGCUUCAAUAUACAAGCUUUAACUUUUUGUAUAAUUUUAUUCGCUUAAGCUAUUUCCAUGUUUGUUAUAAGAAAUUAAAGUUUAAAUGAAAUCUCAACACAGGUCUUUUAAGAAAAUAACCUCCACUUUUAAGAAGGCCAAGUGCAAUGUAUGUUAUUCAGACUUUAAUGAUUAGGAAUUAUAAACUCUAAAAGCAAGUUAUACAAUGUACUUCUUACAACCACAAGCUACAGGGAUUAAAGACCAGUGUUUAUGCUAGCCAACUGAAACUCAUGCCAGUAUUUAAUGAACUGCAUUGACUUUGCCACCCAUAUAUAGGAUGGUAGUAACUACUUCACAUCCCCAAAACACACCAUCCUUUAGAUUUUAAUAUUAUUCAAAUGAUUUUUAAGCUUUGACCAUCAUCUUAAAGAUGGAGAAUCAGCUCUUAAAUUAUACCAAGUAAGCACUAUUGCCUGUUUGAUGGGCAAGACCCCUGUAAAUCUCAAAUAAAAUCAAGAGGUUUACACUUGAUCAUCACAAAACAAAGCUGCUGCCAAACAGAACUACUGUAUCUCAGCAGCUGCUCAGAAAUGAUGGUAGCAGAAUACGGCAACUAAAUUAUGUCAUGUUAUAAUAUUCCUUUUCACGAAUGACUUCAAGAUACUUUGCCUUUCCUAAUAUGGGAGAUUUUUAAAAAGCAAUUAUAAAGUCAGCUGAGCUAGUAACAUUUUUAACUUCUGAGAAUGGAAUAAAUUUCUUGCGUUUAUGCAGUGCCAAAUUGUCUACUGUUGUCAUAUGUUGCCUCUUAAGUGUAGCAGUGGUAAGUCUGUCAUUUCAGAAAAUUAUAGCUCAUGGUAUUUUUGGAUAUUGGUAAUGUUCCUGGCCUAAAAAGGCUUAAGGGAAUAAUAUAUCACAUACUCUCAGAGACAAGGCAAAGGCCAUUUCAGAACUCUUGAGAUUACAGAGAAAGGCAAUGGACCAUUCACUUUCCUGUUCCUAACACAAGCGAGUUACUUUGUUAAAAAAAUGAUUAAUUAGCAUGUUGCACUCAAUGCACUUUAACAACAUGUACAAGAAUAUUAUUGUUUUUUCCAGUUUUUCUUUUAAAGCAUUUUGACAUAAGAGUUUCAGAUGAGAAUGCCACUUUUAAAAUAUACAAUGUGCACACACAGCAGAUCUCACAUCACUCUGCAGGCGUACUGGGAUAGGAACAAAAAGAAGCUGGAAAGCAAAUUUCAAGAUAGGAUCAUAGAUGACUGGAAAACCUUGCAAUAGCUCUGCCCCUCUUACUGGAACACUGACUUACAUGGAAGGCUUUUAAACAAGAAACAAUAAAGGUUUGUUAAAUGAGGGUGAGGAAUUAUGGUCAGCAGAUAUCUUGGCCUCUAACCCUCCAAUGAAAAAGCUGUCUUGGGGAGGGGGGGAAUAUUGUAGUUCAAGGCCACAGAAUUGAAGCCUGGCAGAUCCAUCAUAAUUCAAGAAGGCAGGCUGUUGCUAAUAUUAGAUACAAGAAAACCAUUUUAGUACAAGGGGUGUCCUUUUCAAAUCCGCCCCCACCCUAAGCCCAGCAAUAUAAACUAAUCAAUUUGGGAUAAACUGAUGAGGGCUCAGAUAUCAGGUGCCAUGUAAUUUAUAGAAGUUACAAGUCAAAGGGAACAUCUUCCAAACCUAAUAACCACAGAAUGCUGACAAGAUACGGAGUUGCAAAUUGUAGCCUUUAAU